CCCAAGGUAGGUUCCGCUCUCCUACUGAGGUGGCAGCUUCCCUCACGCCCGUCAUGCACUUCCCGAGGAAAGCACUGUGCGGAACAAAAAACACCUACAUUCUGCUAGGAGGCCAUCCACAUCUUGACAAGGACGUGGUACCACCACACCACAGCAGCCAGCAGCCAUGCCACAUACCAAAGGGCGCUGCUUUCGGUGCCAGAAGAAGGGUCAUGUCGCGGCUAUCUGUCCGUCCAGAAAGCCGAAGAACACCUCAGGUCUCGCAGGCCUUCCAACCGAACUUAUCGCUCUCAUCGCCACACAAUUGAUGUACGACGGAUACAAUUCUUGGCCAUACAAACUUCGCGACUUGCGUCUGACGUGCAGAGCCGUCUACGAAAAAACGCAUGACGCUUACCUCAAAGCUGCAUUUGGACGCCUGUUCCUGCAGGUCGACCCCCGGGGCUUGAACCGACUGGGAAAAAUCUCGCAAUGUCCCCUGAUGGCCGAUAAAGUCCGUUCUAUCAGGCUGUCACAGUAUGAUGGGAUGUCCAAGGAAGAAGUCUCGGCCGCCGAGAGGGACAGCGUUUCGGCAGAACUGACGAGCCGCGAGCGUCGAGAUGCUCGGGCUUUCAUUCGGCGUGCAAAUCACGAGCAAGACGACAGAGAGUUCAUUGAGAGAUCAGGAACUAUUGCCAUCUUGUUGGCGACUUCAUUACCACUUCUGCCAAACCUGCAAGAGAUCACCGGCGCGAAGCUGCAGAAGUUCGCGAUCCCGUGGUAUGAGCCAUGUUCCAAUCGUGGUGUUUCUUUGCAAACUCUCCGCAUGCCUCAACGUUCCCUGGCCUGCUUCUCUGAGUUGCGAGUCCUCGAGCUCUUAUUGCGUACGAAGGAUGGCGAGCGCUAUCGAAAUCCCAAGAAAUGGAUGGACAGCGCCGCGACCUUUUUAUCGACUUGCUCGCAAUUGCGUGAGCUCCGGCUUGCUUUCGGCAAUGACUGGGAGGAGACCGCCGUUGUGUUCCAUCACAUCGCUGAGAAAGCGAUCUUUGUCGACUUGGAGAUAUUCAAUCUCGACUUCGUUCGGUGUCGAGGCGCGGAUCUCCUCCUCUUUUUGGACAACCACAACGGACUUCGCUCGAUCUCUCUGAACAAUUUGGACAUCGUUGGAAGCGUUGGGUACUCAGAAAACUUGGACCACCUUCGACACCAUCACAGUAAGCUCGAGGAGUUCUCAUGCAGCCAGAUUGCGCAGAAUUCGUUCCGCACCUUCUUCGAAUCAUACGGGGAGCUACAAUUCCAGACGAGUCCCACAUACUAUUCACUGGACGACUUCGUCGAAACGAACGACUUCUUCAGUGACUUCGUUGACGUCGUGGGCCCGUUCAAGUAUACUGGCCGAGCGGCCCAGUGGGAAGGAGUCCAAUAUAAGAUUCGCAUGCUCAAGGAUGAUCUUCGCAUUUCUGGCAAAGGCAUACAUUCGGACCUAUACUGGCCCGGCAAGGCAACAUAUUACUGGACGAAAUAA